AAUGAAGAAAUGGCUGACGUAGGAGUCCCACCAUGUCUAUCUGGCUCCAUAGCUUGUGGUUUUUUUUUUGUACCAGGAGUCACACUCAGGACCUUGUGCUUACUAGGCAGAUGCUGUGCCACUGAGUCUAUGCCACUGGCAAUAGCUUAUGUUCUUGACCUUUGUCAAGAAAGAUGAGACAGGCUUGUCUUUGGAGCACAGCUGCUAUGUGUCCUGUCUGAUAUCAGCAAUCUGAAGGUCACAAUUCUUCUUCAUCAUAUACAGACAUGUCCCUCAGGUCCUUUUUCCUUUUGUGCCACCAAAAAUGUAGAUCUUGGAAUUUGCACUUAAAUGCCUUGUGGGCUGACUACAGACAUCUUCCAGGGCAUGUCUAGCGCAUUCCCAACCAGCUUGUAUUUGAAUGCCUCUGAAAUGUAGCUUGUCACAUCUUGCAUAUUUUGUUGGUAAACAACUGAAAUUAAAAAGAAUGGGUUUUUUUUUUCUUCCUUUUAUCUAAUACUGGGAAUGGAAGCCAGGCCUUCGCACUGAGCUACUUUGAAAUAAAUUGAUUAAUUUAGUUUUUUGACACAGAUUCUUGUCAUGUAGUUCAGAUUGGCCUCGAACUCACAAAGUUCUUUCUGCCUCAGCCUAAGUGCUGAGAUCACAGGCAUGUACUAUCAUGCCUAGCAACUAGCCCUUUUUACAUUUUUAAUUUUGAGACAGGGUCUCACUAAAUUUACCAGGUUGGGCUUGAAUUUGUGAAUCAUCCUGCCUCAGCCUCCCAGAAUCCUGGGAUUCCAGAUGUGUAUCACCAUACCCAAUAUUUUUUAGUGUUUUAAAACAAACUUUGUUUUGUUUUGGUAAAUAAAUGUAAUUUUUAAAUCUUUAAGGAACUCAAGCACACAAUUUCAAAAUCUAAUCCAAUAAGUACAGAAGGGAGACAUAAAUGAUACAGAUUUUCUCAAUCCAGAAUCCUAGUUCCAUAUUCUAUAUCUCAGAGUUAACCUCACUGAAGUUUUUCUUCAGUGCUUCAAGAAUUAGGCUGUGCGUGUAUAAGCAGAUUAUUGAUAUAUUGAAAACUCUCUUUUCAUUCAUACAAUUUUGGAGCAAUUACAUGUGUUGUUCUGUGCCUUGCUUCUUUUACUUAAUAUGUUAUAGAUGGUUCCAUAUUAGCACUGAUAGGUGACAAGAAAUAGCAAUUCUAACAUUUAUAGCAUGUUUAUCAUAUAUUAAGUACUCGUGAGUUCUUUACAUUUAUUAACUUCUUCAUUUCUCACAAUUAACCAUUAUAUACGGUUAUUAUUCUCAAGGAAUAGAGGUUGUGUCAGUUGGCAGAUGUACACAGUUGAAGUGACAGUGAAUCCAGGCAUUCUGGCUCUCAAGUCUAUUAUUAACUUCUGUGUUGGAAUCUUUUUAUGUUGUAGUACCUUCUGUUUUCCAAAACUGUGUCCCUGGCCAGAAAGCAUAAGAAAAUAAGUAUUUUGCUUUCUGAGGCAGGCAAGGAAAAGGAAAUAGAAAUAGAUAUUAGAUAAACUGUCCCAUAAUAUCUACCACAGGCAGAAGGCUGCCUGUGCCUUCUAAGAUGUUUCUUUGUAGUGUGCCUUAUCUUGUAGCUAUGGUUGUGGUCUGAUGAUUAUAAAUGAGAGCAACUUUCCUAGGAGAGUUGUACUUUUUGCAACCAAUAAAUGGUGGCUUAAACGUUUGAACUGUAUGGGCUGUGCGCAGUGGCAUAAGCGCCUACCUUGCAAGCAGGCAGUUGUGAGUUCGAUCCCUGGUACCGAUAAAAACAAAAAAGACAAGUGUAUGGCUGGCACUCUGUAGAGGAAUGUGCAGACUGAAUUAAACAGGAAUCCAGUAGAAUGACAUGUUGCAGUACUAGAAGUCCAGUUUGAAUCAGUACAUGGGGUAAGGAGUAGGUAUUAGUGAAUUUAGGAAAGUGACUUAGUCUUUUUGUGCUUUAGUAUACUAAACUGUAAAAUGAGAAUAACAAUGGCACCUCAGAAAGUUGAAUUAAAUGAAGCUCUGUGUAAACAUUGAGGACAGUUCUUAGCACUUAACAUUCCAUAAGUAAUAAGAGAAUGAUAUCAAAUGAUGUCUACCCUAUUGGGGUUUUUGUAUCUUUUUUUUAAACCUGCAUAUUAGUAAAAAGACAGUCUAAGGUACUUGUCUUAGUUUUUUUCUUGUUGCUGAGGCAAAAAUACCUGGCAUCCAAAGUUAAGAGAGUAGAAGUUUAUUUGGCUCACAAUUUGUAGAAAUUUCAGUCCAUAGUUGGCUGGCUCCAAUGCAGGGUGGCAUGUCAUAGGGGCAUGGUAGAGGAGAAACAGUUUAUGUUAGAUGGAAGGUAGCAAAGCAAGCAAGGGGCCUUAGCAGUUGUGUUUUUUUUUGUUUGUUUGUUUGUUUUUUUUUGCCCCCUUUACAUUCUAUCUAGGCUACUGGGAUUAGGGUGAUACCAAAGCAAUCAGUGGACUGAUUUAGUAAUUGCUGACUCUUAAACCUAGCACUCUUAAUGCUUAGCAUUGCACCAUGAAUCAGUCACAUGCUGUAAUCCAGCUACAUCUGAAAAAAGCUCCCAUUUGUGACUGCAUGAGGCUUUGGGGGAAACAUCUAGACACAAGCUAUAACAUUCUACCCCUUGACCACCAAAGACUUAUGUGUAUCUCUUUAUGCAGGAGUUAUUUAGUCAAUCUCAAAGAGUUGCCAAGGUCUUAACAGUUUCAGCAUUAUUGAAAAAGCCAAGUCCAAAGUCUCCUCUGAGAUUGAAGGCAAAUUUUUAGCUGUAAGCCCCUGUACAUAUGAAAAGAAAGUGAAACACUUUCAACAUACAAUGGCAUAGGGUGAACAUAACCAUUCUAAAAGGUACAAAUAGGGAGAUGGUAAAGAAUGAGAACAAAGCAAAUCCAAAAUCUAGCAGGGAAAACAUUAAGUUCCAUAGUUCCAUGUCCAUCAUUCUUACCAAUCUGGGCCAAGUUGUGAAUUCCAAGGGGCCCAAGCCUACCCACUAUCUUCUGGUGAUAAUAGCAUCCAGGGCUUCUCUCUGGGGCUGACGGCUCCCUCCUUGCAGGUUUUCCUCAGACAGUCCCAUGUUCCAGGCUUCUCCAAACUUGGAGGUCUUCCCUGCACCUUCGACUAAACACACUCCUCCCAUGAACACACAGGCCUCCUAGACCUUCUGAAAUCUGGGUGGAAUCCUUCCUGACUCCACAGCUCUUGCAUUCUGCAUGUCCCUAAAACCAGCACCACAUGUAUGAUGCUAAAGUUUGCUUUCACCUGGCACAGUAACCAGACUUCCUUCUCUUUUGGCUGUAGAGAUUGAAUGCCUGGAUGUUGUGCACUCUGAACCCAGUUCCAAAGAGUAAAUUCUCUGUGCAGCCAUCAUUCUGGAACAUGGUACCCUGAAGCUCUUUUCUUAAUGCAGUCUUUCACCGUUGCAACUCUGAGGCUGCCAAGGCUAAAGUUCUGCUGGUUCUUAUGAUAUCCUCAGGCCAUCUUUUUAUGUUUUUUUUUUUGUUUGUUUGUUUUUUCUGAAAUACUUGGCUUUUUCUUGCUAGCCUUUUCAGUGACCAGUUUCUCCUCUAUUCCAUCUUUGUAGGCCACAGCUUUACUGCAGCUUCCUUUCUCACCAAACUCAAAAUGUUUUAAAUCAUUUGGGCUUUUUGCUACUGAUUCUCAAUAUAAGUCUGGUUAAAAGUGCCCAAUAGGGGCUGGGGAUUUAGCUCAGUGGCAUAAGUGCCUCCCUUGCAAGUGUGUGGUCGUGAGUACAAUCCCCAGUACCGAUUAAAAAAAAAAAAGGUACCCAAAAUUAGCCAUACCACUGCAUCAUUAGACUACCUUGAAAUUUUUUCUACAAGAUUAAUUAGUCUGCUACCCUUACUCUCAGUCUUAGUAAAAAAAAGACCAUGACAAUACACUGCCUUGGACAAGACAGGAGUUUGUCUCUCUCUUAUCUAAAAUUCCUAUUGUCUUGUUAUAUGGCCACAUUUAGUUACAAGACAGGGUGUAAAUUUAGACUCUAGUUGAGCAGCUAAACUCAGGUUUAAACUAAAGUGAGGAAGGAGGGUCUGAGAAUACAGAGGAGAAACAGAAUGAACAUUGGACAGUAGGCAAAUCCAAGCUGAUCUACACAUUGGGUUUUUUUUUCUGCUAGUGCUAAUGUUCUUGGAAACAUGACAGCUGAUGCUCUAGAUUCACAUUAUUCUAUGAAGGUAACUUUUCUGUUGCUGAGACAAAAUACCCAAUACCCAAAGUUAAGGAGGAAAGGAUUAUUUAGUUCACAGUUGUAGAGGUUUUAGUCUAUAGUUGGGUAGCUCCAAAGCAGAGUGGCAUGGCAGAGGAGCAUUGCAGAGGAAAAACAGUUCAAGGCAUGUAGAAGGCAGCAAAGCAGCAGCCUCUACCUCCCUUUUUUCCUUUCCAGGCUACCCCCCUUUCAGGUGGUGCCAGUUACACCAAGGGUGUAGGGCACCCUUAAUCCCAGCAUCACACACCCUAGACCCAUCUAUCUCUGAAAAUCCCCACCUAUGACCGUGUAAAACUUUGAGGGGACAUCUAAAUACAAGCCAUAAUAGUAACUCUAAAACAAAGGGUUCUUCCUCUCUAGUUUUAGUCAGGCAAAUCCCAAAAAAAGUAUUUAGUGAUUUAUGGUAAGUCACGGAACUCUUGAUUCAAUUAUUGUGUCCAGUGGCAUUUGGCCCUAUGACUAACCCAAUAUGGGUUAUGACUUUCUUUAAUGGUCUGUUACCAAACCAAUGUCAUUACUGAAUUGAGAACAGUUACCUACCGCAAACAGUAAACAAGUCUAUAAAUAUGUACUGAUAUUGCUUUGAAAUUAUGUUAAUAGUAUUCAGAUGUGGUGGUGCAUAUAAUCCCAGUACUCAGGAGAGAGAGGCAGGAAGAUUGCCUCAAGUUUGAAACCAGUCUGGACUACAUAGUGAGACCCUGUCUCAAGAAACAAAACAAAAUGCUGGGAGCUGAUCAAACCCUCAGAUACCCAUUCAGGGGUUGAUGAGGACACAAGAAAGAGACAAAAUUUUAAGAUGCAAAGGUGACAUGGGAGAAGACUUGCUUCUAGUGAACAAGCUUACCAGCCUCUACAGUCAGCUCAUUUUUAUUAGCCAGCAAGAAGGACAAGGGGAUGGCUUCAUGUGUCAUUUGUGACAUAGUUGAAGAAGACUUUGAAAAAUAAGGAACAGGUAAAACUUCAAAAGAGGUAAAGGUGAAAAAGGGAACACACCCUUCUCCAAACCUAGCUAGGGAGCUAGCUUCCUUUCUUUGUCCUCAGUGGAUAAUAUCUUGCCCUUAAAGCAUUGUGCCUGUGAAUUUUCCCCCACACAGUUGAAAAACAUGUAGCUUUCUACAUAAUUUUCUGUUCCCCGAGGCAAGACAGCACAAGCCUCAGGACUGUGGGGCUUAGGGCAUCAUCUUAACCUUUACACAGCCCUGUCCCCAAAAAGAAAAGUGAAUUAACAGCCAUGAUGUGUAUUCAAGGAAUUACCAGCUGGACACUAGUUCUAUGGUAGCUCUCCCCAAGGACAGUCUGUCACCAGACAGUUACUUUUAUAAAAAGUUUCUUUGUUCUUGGAAAAGGCAGGUAGAAAGAUCUUGCCUCAGUUUCUUUCCAGUUGACUUACAGCAAAAGUCUCACAUAGCGGAGAAGGUAACGGCAAGAUGGGGCUUCAGGUUGGCUCCCAGGACUUGGAACAAUGUCUGUGGGGGAUUUGUCUCUGGGCUUCACCUCUGCUUGCUUGCUUGCUUUUUUGUCUUUUUUGAAACAAGGUUUCACUAUGCAGUUCAGGCUGAUCUUAAACUCACUUUGUAACCCAGGCUGGCCUUAAACUCCCAGCAAUUCUACUGUUUUAGCUCCCCAAUGCUGGGAUUACAGGAUGUGUCCACCACACCCAGCCUCACCUCUGCUUUCUUUUGAGUUGGCUUUAUUAUGGGCUUCAUACGGUAAUCCCACAGCUCUAGUUAUUGGUGGAAAACGCUCACCAUUGCUGAAAGAACCUCAGAUUGGGUUCUCAUUGUUCCAAACCAGAUAUAUAUCUAGGCUCAAGUGUUCAUUGUACCACGAAGAUAAAAAAUAUCCUGAUGGACUUGGCCUGGUUGUGUAUCCAAGUGGACUGUGAGUGAAUGCCUGCUGAUUGGGCAGAGAUGUUACCAGGAGAGUGGGUGUGGGCAGGAAAAGUCAUCAGAGCCUCUUCUUUUUUAUCAAUCGUCUUCACUUUCCUUUUCCUAGACUUACUCCUUGCCCAGGCUCUCAUUACUGUUUGUCUUGGGAGGGAUAGCUGGACCUGAAUUAAUUAGCAGAGAGAAUGUUUCUUGGCCAAAGUGGAGUUUUAAACAGAGAGCCUUGGAGGGUAGCCCUCUGUUUGGAACUGCUUCCUCAUGGCCGUUCUACCCUAGGUAGAACUCUGUAUGUGCCUGUGUUCUUGUCUCAUUCCAUGCUAACUUCUGUCGAGUUAGGCAGGGACCUGUGGGUUAUCUACGACAUAUUUAAUGAGGUGGUUACCUGCAUGUGAGCUCCCACCAUCCCCCAGACAAAUUUCAAAUUGCCAGAUCCCUGGUGCAGGGAAUAGGGGUGAAUGAUUGAUUUCAGACCAUUUUGGUGACUGAUUCUGUUUUACAUGGCUGCACAGAGCCUUGUGGUUGGUUGGGAUAGUGGUGGCUUCUGAAUUCGUCACUUCUGCAUCAACCAAUUAAUUCACUCAGGACCUGGGGCCACAGUUCCUUUUUUAGUCACCAACCUAUCUGGGCAGUGGCUGACUUGAAUUCAGGCAGACAUUGCUCCUAUUUAACACAUCCUCAGAAGUUUCUCAGUUAUAAAGAAGACCUUUCUAAGUAUUCUUUGUGAGUAUCCCAGAGGGUGUUUUCCAGCCAUGUUUUGGCUGGCCUCAAUCACUCUAAGACAAAUUGGCCUCUAGCCCACCUGGAUGAGCACUGUGGAUAGAUUCAGUUGGCAGAUUGCCAGUGAUAGCUUCUGUGGAGCUCCAAGGUCCUUGAAAUGCUUCUGACAAUAUUGGGACAAUGUGUGCAAAGGCCUGAUUAUUUCAAAACUGGUCUCAGCAAAAUGUUCUGCCAGCUUGGAUAAGUUCCCUAAGUCCAUGGUCACUGAAACACUUCUGGAAGCCUCAGCAACCACACUGCUUUUUGUAACGCAUGUAUUUGCUGCCUUUUAGUGGUAGGAAGUGGGACUUUGGCCACAUGGUACAUAGAAAAGAGAGAGAUCACACUACUCUUUUAUUCCUUUAACAAAAAAUUAUUGAGCCACAACUGAGUGCCAGGCACUGCAUUUGGUCCUGUGGGAUACAGAGGACAAUAAGAUGGAUCCAAUCCCUGCCCUUAGGAAUCUUACAGUUAAGUAGGGAGAAAAUGCCAAGGAUAUAAACUAGAGUUCUGAUGAAGGCAUGGGGAUCUCAUUUCGAGAAUCGUCAUAGUGGUAAAGAGUGUGGGCAAUGGAGGCAGGCAGGUCAAGUCCCACCUUGCCAUAUUCUAGCUUAGUGACCUCUGUCCGCUUUGGAACCUCAGAUCUCUCAUUUCAUAAAACAGGGAAAGUGGAUAGGGUUGUUUUGAGAAUUUAAGUGGGUUCAUACAUAUAAAGCAUGAAGGCUGGCUCAGGAUAAGCACUCAGUAGAUGGUAGCUAUAACUACUGUCAUUAGGAAAUGGUACACUGUCUUGGUCAUUUUCUUUUUCACUGAGACAUAAUACCUGGCACUUAUGACUUAAAGGAGGAAAGGUUUAUUUUGGUUCAGUUUCAGUCCCAUGUUUGGCAGGCCAAAAUAUAGAAACAGUGUGGUGGGAGGAGCUGUUGGAGGAAAGCAGUGUCCAGGAAGCAAUGGGAGGAGCAGGGGAGGGAGACAUACCCUUCUGGGUCACCCCUAUGACCUACUCCUAAGAAUGGCCUCUAACUGGGCCCACUUCCUACAACAUAUUCAGCUGCUAAAAUCACCAAUGGACUAAUCAGCUGACAGCACAGUGCUUCCAUGAUCCAGCCACCCUCCAAAAGCCCUCCCUCUGAGCACAUGAGCAUUUUGGCAGACAUUCCAGAUCUAAACCACAACAUACAUCUUGAGUGAAACCCCUUUAGUAUAAGGUACAGUAUUCUUAUGUACAUUUUAAAUUUAAAAAAAAUUAAGUACAUGUUUGCCUUUAUAAUCAGUCCUCCACAAAGAAGAGAUGGAAAAAAGAAAUUGUGCUUCCUUGUUUUGCAUCUGCAAAGUGCCAGAUACUUAGGCAACUCUUAAAUCUUCCCAAGAACUGUUUUUAAAAAGUACAGAUUUUCAGAUCCCAUUUUACAGAAGAGGAAACCGAUAAUCAAAGAGGUUAAGCAAAUUUGUCCAACACCACACAGCUAAUAAAUGACUGAGCUGUCAUUAAAGUCAACUCUUUUUUUGGCUGCAAAGCCCAUGUUUUAUACUGCUUUUCCAAUGUCUUGGCGUCCAAAGCAGUUGGCUCUGAGCCUUAUAGUUUCUGCCCUGCUACUUAAUUUGUUAUUUGCCUGAAGUUUUCACCAGUGGAUUGAGCCUACCUGCUUUCAUUAUAAUCUCAGCCUCAAACCCUGAAGUGAGAGGAGUUGGCACAGGACAGCUUGUUUAUCCAGACAGUAAAUGGACUUUUCUGAAUCCACGCGGCAUUAGGUAGAAGGAUCAUGCAGAUGAAAAUCAUCCAAGAAAUACAGGAAUGAAAUCCAUACCACCAGCUUGCAAGACCUUGGGCCUAAACAUUAGCCCAUGGUGUUUCUUGGCUCUACCAAUUUGUCUCUUUUCUACUGCAUUCAUUUCUACCUUGAAUGUCUAGGAUAUUCCUUCUAAUUUUCCAUGGGAGCACCAAAAGCCUAAAGAAGCAACAGACUGAGAAAUGAAUGGCCUCGGAACUGAAAAGCCCAUCAAAGACUCUUGAGAUCCUUGGGAAUUGACAUGGAUUCUUUUGAUUUUAGUUAAGAAUAGCUGACAUAAUCAUGAGUCUUGUCAUGUUUGAAGUAUGGUUCUUGUAGAAUCUCUGCCCCAAAAACCUUCAGUAAAUGGUUUACCUCCUAGAAGAUGGACAUUAUUAUUAUUUUCAUUUUACAGUCAUAGAAAUUGAGUCAUAGAGAGGUUAAGUGACUUGCCCAAGGCCACAUACAUCUGAAAGGAAAGAUUUGGCAUUGGAACUCAUUUGGUCUGUGCAUUUAACAUAUUAUAUUGCUGAGUAGGCAUGAGUGAGUGAGUGAUCAAGCAAGUGAGCUAUUGAGUAAGUGAACCUGGAACUGAGGCCUGGCCAGAAACACUGAUAGCACUAGAGGCAGUGUGCAAGCAUGUGUGUGUUUGGAGUCAGCAGAUACACCGCUGUGGCCAAGUAACCUAAUUCAGAAAUGUUCCUUUCCUCAUCUAAAGUGAGAAUAAUAAUUCUUUUCUCUUAGAGUGGCUAUAAAGAUUAAAUCAGGCCUGUUGGUAGCACACACCUAUAAUCCCAGUACUCAGGAGGCUGAGGCAGAAGGAUUGCCAUGAUUUCAGGGCCAGCCUAAGCUACAUCGUGAGACCCUGUCUCAAAAAAUAAAUAAAUAAAUAGAUAAAUCAUACCAUCUUUGCAAAGCUUUUAGUCAGUGCCUAGCACAUAAUUAGACAUGUGUUGAUCGUUAGUAUUAACAUGUCAUAAUUGCAACACAUGAAAUGGAAACUGUUAGGCCAGCUUGAGCAUAUAAUGAGAGUCCUAGACACCCCUCAGAAGUAGAAACUAAAAUUAAAUAAUUGACACUACAUUUGACAAGAACAAGAAGGGAAUAUAAAAACAACUGUUGAAGGAUUAGAAGGAACUAGGGAUAUUUUCUUGAAUGCGUCAUCAUUUCUUAAUAUUGUUUCUAAAUGGCUUAGGUGGAAAUACAUGUAGCAGGUGCUCAACAGGCCUUUGAUGUGUGAAUGCAAAAUAACCCAGUUUGUUUUUAUUGGUUGAUUACCUUGCUUAAAAAAUCAUGUCUUAUGAUAUAGAUACCUCUUGGUGGGUUGUUACUAGACCUGUACAGAAAAAGAGUUAACAUUGCAGCGUGAACCCUAUAAAUAUCAAACUUAGUGCUGGAGUUUGAGUAAAUUUGCAAUGAGAAAAAAGGGACUUGUUUUUAAGACUAUUGGGUAUGGAAAUAUGAUAAAAUUGACUUAAAAGUAUUAUAUGCAGGGGCUGGGAUUUAGCUCAGCAGCAUAAGUGUCUGCCUUGCAAGCAUGUGGUCAUGAACUCAAUCCCCAGUACCAAUUUAAAAAAAGUAUUAUGCUUAUAGUUUCAUCAGUGCUAGAGGGAUUAUCCCAGUGAGGGGGAAAAACUGAGCCAGGGUUAUAGCUCAGUGGCACGGUGCCUGCCCAGCAAGCACAAGGUUGAGGUUGAUUCCCAUUCCAAACAAAACAAAACAAAACACUGCAAAAGAAGUAAACAGUGUUGGGCUAGGAGUGGUGAUGCAUGCUUGUAAUCCUAGCACUUGGGAAGGUGAGGCAACUGCCAGGUGGAAGCCAGCAGGAGCUACAAAGUGAGUUCAGGGCCAGUGUGAACUCCAUUGUGAAACCCUGUCUUAAGACAGACAGACAGGAAAGAAAGAAAAUAAAUAAGCAAGUAAGUGUUGGUGAAAUCCAGCAUCUUUGCUGUUUGCCAUAAGCAGGUGGGUUGGAAAUUAAAUUCUUUGGGCAUGGGAAGCAGAAGUCUAUUUUUUUUUUUGUUUGAGGUAGGGUGUGGCUGUGUUGUCCAGGCUGGCCUUGAACUCAUAGCAAUUCUGCUGUACCUUCCUGAGUGCUGGAUCACAGAUGUGCACCACAGUGCCUAGCAAGUCCUUGUAAUGGAUAAUACUUUUUAUGAUUUGUGCCUGCUAGAGUCUCUGGCAAAAUGGACCACAUAAAAAGAGAGGCAAACUGCCUGGAAAUACACAUUUGAAAUUUGAAAAAGAAAUUAAAUUGCUAAUGAGCCUUUAUUGAAAUCAAACAUUUGACCUUUUGAUGCUGAAAAUUUUCUAAUCUGAUAUUUUUGAGUGAACCAAUGUAGAACUGUUUUUGAGACUGACAAGAUGUAGAAACCUUGCUUGUCACUUCGGACUUGGACCACAGCUAUCUGGCAUUGCAGCAUGUUUUGCUACAGCCCAAGAAAAGUACUGCUAGUCUGGAAUCCCAUAGUCACAGAUCGUAAUUACCGGGACCUGACUGCAUGCUAAAACCCAUUACUGUGUGCUGUGAACAGUUCAGCAUCAGGAGUUCAGCUGCUUCCAGUUAGCAAGGUUGGAUCAGACCCUGGUCUAAUCACCAGGACCCAGAUUGGGACAUGGAAGACUAGGAUGCCUUUGCAGCUCUCAACCAUGAAAGCACCCUGGAUGCUGGCUGAUCAUCCGGCUCACAUAGAUGCGCACAGGAAAAAGUUGGGGACCAUCUAAAAUCAAGCUGCCAAUCAGCUCUUCAUCUCUUAAUGCAGAGGCUGAUUGCAUUCCUAACUUGUGUUCCCUGCUGGUUGAGGGAGGGCACAUCACGUGGUCUGUGAGACAUUUACCUCAUCCUGCUUUUGACAGCUGAGAUUCUGGACCCUCUCUGGAAGUUGUCCCCCAGCUGUUGAUUUGCAUGCAGUGUUCUGAGUUAGUUGCAGUUUGCAAGGAUGUACUAACAAGCUGACUCCCACCUUACUCAGUUUUCUUCCAAUACACACCAUUGUAAGAUAAGCUUUUUAAUUAGAAUGUAAUAUCCUAAGAAAGGCUUCUUGUAGGCUGCUCAUUGGCUAAAUAAUCAAGGCAAAGGGGUAGAAGAAUAUGGAAGCCUAUUUUGAAAUUUUUGAAAAUUCAGGAAUUUAUCCUUUAUUAGUUUGUUAGGAUUGCAUAACAAAAUACCAUAAACUGCAUUUCUUAAUAUAGAUUAAUUUUCUUAUGACCGUUUUGGAAGUUAAAGGUCCAAGAGUAAGGUGUUAACAAGUUUGUUUCUCCUGAGUCCUCUCUCCUUGGCUUACAGACAGCUGCCUUUCUGCUGUGUGCUCCACAUGUUCCUCUGUAUAUCUGUCCUAAUCUUUUUCUUUUAUAAGGACCAUUCAUACUGAGUUAGGGCCCAUGCCAGCAACCCCAUGUUAAUUUAGCUACCUUUUUAAACCUAUCUCCAAUAAAUAAAAUAAAAUCCAUUUCUAAAUACAGUCAUAUUCUGAGGUACUAAUGUUUAAUCUUUCAACAUACAGAUUUUAGAUGAAUAUGAUUCAGCCUGUCAUACAUUUAAUUCCUCAUGCAUCUUUCUGAUUAAGUUUUAUAUGAAUAUUUGCCUGCAAAAAGUGCUUUUGUACCUCCUGCACAUAACCCACAUGCAAGGCCUAAGAGAUCAUUGAAAAAUGUAAAGUUGAUUGCUGAAUGGGCACACUAAUUCUGUAACAACACUACAGAAAAAAUUAAAGCCUACCACUAGAGAAGCUCAAUUUUUUUUUUUUUAAGACAGGGUCUUGCUGUGUAGUUCAGACUGGCCUUGACCUCACUAGGUAUGCCAGGCUGGCUUCCAGCUUGAGCUUCCUGCCUCAGCCUCCUGAGUGCUGGAUUACAGGCAUGCACCACCACCACACUGGAACCUGAAUUUUGUUUUUAAGAACUCUUACUGCAACUGUUGCCCUCUUGAAGGAAACCUUAGAUGUUGCCUUUUCACAUGCUGUGAGUGCUUUGAGUUCAGAUGGCUGACAAUAGAAUACUACUUUCCAUACAGAACACCUUUAAAUUACAUUCAUACUUGUGAGGUGAAAAAACUUAGGUCAUGAACAAGUGAAACUUUGAAAUUCACUAUCUUGUGAAGUCCUUCAGAAAAGGACUCAGACUGGAAACAGGGGCAGGAGGCCCACCGGUGGUCCAAUUUAUACUGCCUAAUAUGUAUCCUGCUUGGGAGCACCCUAACAUUAUCAGUUGUUUCCAGGAGUCCUGCCUGUGCCCUCUGCGAGUGUAUUUCUGUACUUGACUCUGAUCAAAUGACACUGUUGAAGCCCUGGAAGGCUUUAAGGCCAGCUUCCACUUUCCUAACCAGUGUCAUGCUUAAAUUGGGGCUUCAAGUCAGGUAAAAAGGUUAUACAGAAACUUGAGGGACCUGGCUAAGAUAGACUUUUAUGAUUCAUGGGAUUUUAACUGGCUAUAUGUCAACACUUCCAUCAAGUAUAAUGGAGGUCCAUAUGUAGGCUGGCCUCUUUUUAAAGGUUUCCUUUUUGCAAGGAUCCUAUUGAUAAUAAUUUUGCAGAUAAAAGCCUUGACAAGAGGCAGGCUGUUGAAAAAAAGAGUUAACAAAGCAGGCCUGAGAUUGUCCUCCUCAGAAAGACCUGUCUGCAGGGUUAGCCUUUGGAUAGAUCUGGGAGUUUGGAUUGCAGGAAGCUUCUUAUCAUACUGAGUCCAAAGGGUGGUACAAUAUCCCUAGACUGUUUGUGCAAACACCAUAGUUUAUGAAUAUCUGCUUUUGGUUUGAGAAUCUAGAGGCAUAGUAUGUGUUAGGCAGAGAGGAUGAUGAGGUGACCAGUGUCCAAAGAUACCCCUGGCCUUGAACGCAAUGAUUCCUGCCUCAGCCUUCUAAGUGCUGGGAUUACAGGUGUGUGUUACUACACCCGGCUCUAACUACUUACUGAUUAAUUUUUUGAGUCUCCCUUUAAUAAGCUUCCCUGGUAGACAGUAUUUCACUUCAUUGUCACAGUUCAUUGCUGAGGAAUUAUGUGUGUCCUGUGACUUACUGUGAGAGUACUCUGGAAACUUUGUACCUGUUUUCCUCUGGACUUUGUUCCAUGUACCUUAUUCCUCUGCUGAUUUUGCUUCUUAGCAUUUUGCUGUGAUAAAAGGUCAAGUCCUGUGAUUCUCCCAGUAAGCCUUCUAACUGGGAGAUGUUAUUUGGGACCCUUAUAGGUGCACUAGGGGGACUUUUAGGGUGUUGGUAGCAUAUUCUUAGUCUGGGUGCUAAGGCUGAGCACAGGUAGUGUUCCAUUUGUGAAAACUUACUGAGCUGUACUUUUAAGAACAUUUUCUCUGUAACUACUAAAUUUCAAUAAAAAGUUCGAGUAAAGGACCACACUCUAUGGGGAUUUAAAAAAAAAAACCUUAAAAAACCUCAAAGUUUUUAAUUCAGUACUUAAUAAUACCCCUUCUUACCAGGCAUUUUGCUUUGACCUUGGGACAUGGGUGAAAGAUAGCAUUAUUGUCAUUGUUGUCUUAAUUGGGAAGCAGGUAAGGACAUUUUUACUAUGCAAUUGAUGUUUGCUCUAUCAGGGACCUCAUAGGACAACCAGAAUCUCAGGGGAAGAGCUGCUAAUUUGGGUGCUUUGCCAUUCCAAGGUUGCUGCUGCAGUGCCCACAGAAGCCAGACAGGCAAGUGGGCUGCAGGGGUGCCCUUGGAGGGGGCCAGCUGUAAAGAGUAUGUGCGCCUAAAGUUGCAAGACCUUUUAAUUUUAUUUAGAAAAAAACCUACAAAUUUGAAUUGUUAUGGGUGUUUAUUUUUUAAAUGCUGUAAGUACAUUCAACGUUUUAAAAGUAAGAGAUCAAACAAAAUACCCCUGCAGGACAAAUUUGGCUGUGGCCUGGCAGUUUCCUAGGCAUCCUUUCCCGUCUCUGAUUAAGAAAUCAGUGUUCACUACUUUAGGCACUGGAGGAUAGGACAGUAAGCAAGCCGAGCUAGGGUUUUGUGGGGUAGGUUUGUGGGUAUCUGGUGCUUUUCAAAUUGUCUUAUGCGUAGGAAUCACCUGGGCAGUUGUGUUUAAAGGUGAAUUCUGACCGGGCAAGUCUGCGUAAGACCUAACAAGCUCCAGGUGACUGUAAUGCCUCUGGGCUCUGGGUCAGAAGCAGCAGUGAUUUCAAAGUGAGCUGGAGGACUUGCCAUGAAGGGGCGUUUGUCUGCCAAGCAUCCCGGUUUUUGCUUAUAUUUUAGUUUACUUUGGUGGUUUACCGGCGGAGACAAGUGCUCCCCUAAACUUACCUUUUGGCGCUGCCAACACUCUAGGCUUAGAGUUCAUAUUUUAGAAGGCAAAGUAGGGUGGAGAAUGGUGUUAGGAAAAGUUUCCAGAAGGAGGCGCAGGUGAACUGCGUGCAAGCGCUUUUCGGCCGCUACACAAGGAGAACCCCAAACGAAUUAGACCUCCCUGGGAUUGGGAAAAAGCAUUCUCACGCCGAGUAGGGUCUCCCAGAGUAUUCCGCGAACUUACAGACUGCACAUCCUUGUCAAUGACGUUUUCUGCUGAGCUGGGUGAGUUUAAAGACUUCAGCGCAGCAAGGCGCUCCCAUGGUGCCGCGCGGCGGGCGGGUUUGGAUUUUAAAUCCCUACAGCCAAUCAGUGGCGCGCAUGCAUUUGUAACGUUCCCAGCGCUGCGUUUGAAUUCGGGGAGGAGCGGAGCUGUGCGAAGCCUCUGCACCGACCCUGCGUGGUCCGUGGAGCAAAGCUGGGAACAUGAAUACGGGGGCAACAGCAGGAAAACUGGCGCGGGCACCAGCUGACCUAGGGAAAGCAGGAGUCCCUGGAGUUGCAGCUCCCGGAGCCCAAGCCGCUGCUCCGCCGGCAAAAGAGAUUCCGGAGCUCCUGGUGGACCCACGCAGCCGGCGGUGCUAUGCGCGGGGCCGCUUUUUGGGCAAAGGCGGCUUCGCCAAGUGCUUCGAGAUUUCGGACACCGACACUAAGGAAGUAUUCGCCGGCAAGAUUGUGCCCAAAUCUUUGCUGCUUAAGCCGCACCAGAAAGAGAAGAUGUCCAUGGAGAUCUCCAUUCAUCGCAGUCUUGCCCACCAGCAUAUUGUAGGCUUCCACGGUUUUUUUGAAGACAACGACUUCGUGUUCGUGAUAUUAGAGCUCUGCAACCGGCGGUCCCUCUUGGAGUUGCACAAGAGGAGGAAGGCCCUGACGGAGCCUGAGGCCCGUUACUACCUGCGGCAGAUCGUCCUGGGCUGUCAGUACCUACACCGAAAUCGGGUUAUCCACAGAGACCUCAAGCUAGGCAACCUGUUUCUGAACGAGGAUUUGGAGGUGAAAAUAGGGGAUUUUGGAUUGGCAACCAGAGUGGAAUAUGAUGGGGAGCGGAAGAAGACUCUGUGUGGGACUCCUAAUUAUAUAGCUCCUGAGGUGCUGAGCAAGAAAGGGCACAGUUUCGAGGUGGACGUGUGGUCCAUUGGUUGCAUCAUGUAUACCCUACUAGUUGGUAAACCACCUUUUGAGACCUCUUGCCUAAAAGAGACCUACCUUCGCAUCAAGAAGAAUGAAUACAGUAUUCCCAAGCACAUCAACCCUGUGGCUGCGUCCCUCAUUCAGAAGAUGCUACAGACUGACCCCACUGCCCGCCCACCUAUUCAUGAGCUGCUUAAUGACGAGUUCUUCACUUCUGGCUACAUUCCUGCUCGCCUCCCUAUCACGUGCCUCACCAUUCCACCAAGGUUUUCAAUAGCUCCCAGCAGCCUGGAGCCCAGCAACCGGAAGCCUCUCACAGUCCUCAAUAAAGGCAUGGAGAACCCGCUGCCUGAGCGUCCCCGGGAGAAAGAAGAACCAGUGGUUCAGGAGGCAAGUGAGACUAUUGAAUGCCAGCUUGGUGACUUGCUGCAGCAGCUGCACAGUGUCAAUGCCUCUAAGCCUGCAGAGCGGGGCCUGGUGAGACAAGAGGAGGCUGAAGAUCCUGCCUGCAUCCCCAUCUUCUGGGUCAGCAAAUGGGUGGACUACUCAGACAAGUAUGGCCUAGGGUAUCAGCUUUGUGACAACAGCGUGGGGGUGCUCUUCAAUGACUCUACUCGCCUCAUCCUCUACAAUGAUGGGGAUAGCCUGCAGUACAUAGAGCGUGACGGUGUUGAGUCCUACCUCACCGUGAGUUCCCACCCCAACUCCUUGAUGAAGAAGAUCACUCUCCUCAAAUAUUUCCGCAACUACAUGAGUGAACACUUGCUGAAGGCAGGUGCCAAUAUCACGCCUCGGGAAGGUGACGAGCUGGCCCGACUGCCCUACCUGCGCACCUGGUUCCGCACACGCAGUGCCAUCAUCCUGCAUCUCAGCAAUGGCACUGUGCAGAUUAACUUCUUCCAGGACCACACCAAGCUCAUUCUGUGCCCACUGAUGGCAGCUGUGACCUACAUUGAUGAGAAGCGGGACUUCCGCACAUACCGCCUGAGUCUCCUAGAGGAGUACGGCUGCUGCCGGGAGCUGGCCAGUCGCCUGCGCUAUGCCCGCACCAUGGUGGACAAGCUGUUGAGUUCGCGCUCAGCCUGCAAUCGUGUCAAGGUCUCUUCCUAGCCUCCUUUUCUCCCCUGUGGACUGGUGCCCUCUCACUCCACCAGCACCAGGGCCUACACUGGUGGGCUCUGUGGGCUGCUUUUGUCACAUGCCCCUCCCAGUCCAGGGGCUGGGCAGGGAGCUGUGUCAGUCUUGCAGGUGGGGCUGCUAAGUUAUUUUUGUACAUGUUCAGGUGUGGGUUCUGCAGCCUCUGCCUCUUCCCUUUAGCCCACCGCACGAAUUGUACAGAAUGUUUCUAUUGAAUCCAAGAUUGUCCUUUCCUUAGCUUUAUACACAUUAAAGAUAUAUGUAAAUCUU